AGAGCUUUCAAGAAGGGCUAUGAAUAAAAGAAUGGCCAUGAAAGUGACCAACUUUUUCAGACCAACAUCAAAAGCCUUUUGUUUUAGGCAUUGUUGUUUCCUAAUUAAGAGUCUUGGUUCUUGGAUGAUUCCAUUAGGAAAAGAGACUGUCAAAAAUUUAGCCAUUGACGAAACACAAAAACCCAUUCAGGACAUUAAUCAAACACAUUGUAGGCAUCAAAUCCAGUAGGACCAAUAUCAUCACCAUCAUCAUCGUUAAAGCAAGGAACAUCAUUAAUGUCAUCUUCUUUACCACCCCAACUCUUCUUGAAAGCUGUCUUUCACCAACAUAUUACACCUUCUCUUUCUUCCUUUUGAUCAAAGCCUCUCCCAAAAAUGCACCCAAUCUAUCUCUAGAUUUCUCUCUGACCAAACAGAAAAUCCCAUCAUCACCAAGUCUCUCCACAAAUGCAAGACACCACAAACCCAAAAGUGGAGUAAAAGAGAAAGAAGAGCUUUCUCAAUCAGCGUUGAAAAAUCCAAUCCCGAAAAAGAAGAGUAACAGAGAAAGUAGAGGCAGUCUAGAGAGAGAGAGACAGCCAUUCAUGGGCUGCUCUGCUUCAAGACCCAAUACUCUCCUCACCAAGCACAACCACCACCCCGAAGAAAACCCUUCUUCCUAUUCAUCUUUGGACUCUGCAUUCUCUUCACCAACCCCUAGAGCUCUCUCUCUUCCAACUCCUCUGGUUCACCACCCAGCUUUGAAGAAAGGGGACACCCACCAUCUUGUUUCUCUCACCUCCACCACCUAUGGCUCUCUCCUCCUCAUUGACCCCAUCAAACCCAAGUUGAACGGCCAGGAUCUCCGUAAACAACAACCCCUAUCAUCACCACCCAAAACUCCCAUAAAUAACAAGGCUCAAAACCCAGCUACCCAAGACCCUCCAGUUGAGUCAAUGUCCCCUGACUCUGUCAUCAACACCUGGGAGCUGAUGGACGGUCUUGAUGACGAACUUGAUCUUGAAAUGGGUCCUUCUGUAAACCCCAUUCCGUCCAAUCAUGGCCGUCAAAUUGAGAAUCCCUCGAAACCCAUUUCAAUUUCUGUUAAUGCAAAUGUUGCCCAAGAGUGUUUUGAUUCAGUUGUGUCUGAAGAUAGAAAGCCCUUGUGGAAGCAUUUAUCAGAGGAAUCACUGCUAUCAAAGUUAGACCCAAAUGUGGUUUCAAGUUAUAGGCGUGCAUUGUCAUCUAGGCAAUUGGGUUAUACCAACAGUCCAGUCAAAUGCAUAAAGUCCUUGGAGUCCAGUCCCACGUGUACUCUGUCAACAGUCAGUUGUAUGUAUCAGCUGCCAGGAACAGAGAACAAAAUUGUGUUGUAUUUUACUAGUUUGAGAGGAAUUCGAAAGACUUUUGAAGAUUGUUGUGCUGUUAGAAUGAUAUUUAGGGGUCUCCGGGUUCCGGUUGAUGAGAGGGAUAUUUCUAUGGAUUCAAUGUAUAGAAAGGAGUUGCAAAAUGCACUUAAGGGGAAAGUAGUUAGUUUGCCGCAAGUGUUUGUUAGGGGAAAGUACAUUGGGGGUGUGGAGGAGGUCAGGCAGCUCAAUGAGAUUGGUGAAUUGACAAAGCUUUUGGAGGGAUUCCCAGUAAGGGAUCCUAGGUUGGUUUGUGAGAGCUGUGGGGAUGCAAGGUUCUUGCCAUGCCCAAACUGUAAUGGUAGUAGAAAGGUGUUUGAGGAAGAGGAGGGGCAGUUGAGAAGGUGCUUGGAUUGUAACGAGAACGGUUUGAUUCGGUGCCCUGGUUGCUGCCACUGAUGAGGCUAAUCGGUGCUGCUGCCUGCUGAUGCCUAACUUUUGGUAAUUGUUUGAGGAAUCCGUAAAGACAGCUGCUUCAUCUUGCUGCAUUUGUGUCUAUUUUUUUUGGGGUUUUGCUUGCGAAUUGUUUAUUUUAAUAUGUUUAUAUGAUGUUUAGAUUUCUGGAUAUUAUUGCUCAAUCUCUCCCUGAGCAACAAGAAAUCAUGAUAAUAAAAAAAAAGAAGAAAAAUUCGUCAUUGUCUGUUUUCUUAUGUAAAAGUUCUUGUGUGUGUUUUAGAUGUUGGAUUGAAAAUGUAAAUUGCUUCUCCUGUGUGUGUAUAUUUGUCUCAGCCAGAUGAGUGAUCUUAUGAGUUUGGUUCUA